CUAGCAUUUUUGAAUAAUUUAGCCCACAUCAUAAUCUGCAGCCAUGAAGUGGGUAACAUUAAUUUCAUUCAUUUUCCUCUUCAGUUCAGCAACAUCCAGGAAUCUGCAAAGAUUUGCUCGUGAUGCAGAGCACAAGAGUGAAAUUGCCCAUCGCUACAAUGAUUUGAAAGAAGAAACAUUUAAGGCAGUUGCCAUGAUCACAUUUGCCCAGUAUCUCCAGAGGUGCUCUUAUGAAGGACUGUCUAAGCUUGUGAAGGAUGUUGUUGAUCUGGCACAAAAAUGUGUAGCCAAUGAAGAUGCUCCUGAAUGCUCAAAACCACUGCCUUCCAUUAUCCUGGAUGAAAUCUGCCAAGUGGAAAAGCUCCGUGACUCUUAUGGUGCAAUGGCCGACUGCUGUAGCAAAGCUGAUCCUGAAAGAAAUGAGUGUUUCCUGUCAUUUAAAGUUUCCCAACCAGACUUCGUUCAGCCAUACCAAAGACCAGCUUCUGAUGUGAUAUGCCAGGAAUACCAGGACAACAGAGUGUCAUUUCUGGGACAUUUCAUCUAUUCUGUUGCAAGAAGACACCCCUUCUUGUAUGCCCCUGCAAUCCUUAGUUUUGCUGUUGAUUUUGAACAUGCACUUCAAAGCUGUUGCAAAGAGAGUGAUGUCGGUGCUUGCCUGGACACCAAGGAAAUUGUUAUGAGAGAAAAAGCCAAGGGAGUAAGUGUGAAGCAGCAGUAUUUUUGUGGAAUCUUGAAGCAGUUCGGAGAUAGAGUUUUCCAAGCACGACAACUUAUUUACCUAAGCCAAAAAUACCCCAAGGCUCCAUUCUCAGAGGUUUCUAAAUUUGUACAUGAUUCUAUCGGCGUCCACAAAGAGUGCUGUGAAGGGGACAUGGUGGAGUGCAUGGAUGACAUGGCACGUAUGAUGAGCAAUCUGUGCUCUCAACAAGAUGUUUUCUCAGGUAAAAUCAAAGACUGCUGUGAGAAGCCUAUUGUGGAACGAAGCCAGUGCAUUAUGGAGGCAGAAUUUGAUGAGAAACCUGCAGAUCUUCCUUCAUUAGUUGAAAAGUACAUAGAAGAUAAGGAAGUGUGUAAAAGUUUUGAAGCAGGCCACGAUGCAUUCAUGGCAGAGUUCGUUUAUGAAUACUCACGAAGACACCCUGAGUUCUCCAUACAGCUUAUUAUGAGAAUUGCCAAAGGAUAUGAAUCACUUCUGGAAAAGUGCUGCAAAACUGAUAACCCUGCUGAGUGCUACGCAAAUGCUCAAGAGCAACUGAACCAACAUAUCAAAGAAACUCAGGAUGUUGUGAAGACAAACUGUGAUCUUCUCCAUGACCAUGGCGAGGCAGACUUCCUCAAGUCCAUCCUGAUCCGCUACACUAAGAAAAUGCCUCAAGUACCAACUGAUCUCCUGCUUGAAACUGGAAAGAAAAUGACAACUAUUGGUACUAAGUGCUGCCAGCUUCCUGAAGACAGACGCAUGGCUUGUUCUGAGGGUUAUCUGAGCAUUGUGAUUCAUGAUACGUGCAGGAAACAGGAGACCACACCUAUAAAUGACAACGUUUCACAAUGCUGCAGCAGCUCCUAUGCUAACAGAAGACCAUGUUUCACUGCUAUGGGAGUAGAUACCAAAUAUGUUCCUCCACCAUUUAAUCCUGAUAUGUUCAGCUUUGAUGAAAAAUUGUGCAGUGCUCCUGCUGAAGAACGAGAAGUAGGCCAGAUGAAAUUGCUAAUCAACCUCAUUAAACGCAAGCCCCAGAUGACAGAAGAACAAAUAAAGACAAUUGCUGAUGGUUUCACUGCCAUGGUUGACAAGUGCUGCAAGCAGUCGGACAUCAAUACAUGCUUUGGAGAAGAGGGUGCCAACCUAAUAGUCCAAAGCAGAGCCACAUUAGGAAUUGGUGCUUAAGACACGAAUCUGAGUAUAGAACGCAGAGGAAUCAAACACAGAUGCAGCUCAAAGACCACACUGAUGCAAAAAUAUUCUUUAACGGCCUGAGUGUCUCCAUGAAGAGGUUGAGAAACCUCCUUGAUCAUCUGGAACACAUUUAAGUUGCUGCUACCAAACCUGAACUAGGACUUCAAGUUUCAGAAGUGCCAACUGUUAUCAUAACUCUCAACACAACAUCUGUGAAUCAUUUUCAUGCAGCAGAUUUUGUUAGGUUAUCUCAGGAGCCUUGUUACUCUGAUGUUCCUCCUCCUUGAAAACUACACAAGUAUUCCUGAAUACUCAAUGGAAAAAAACAAACAAACAAACAAAAAAACCCCAAACCAAAUAAACACACCAACUCAUAGACUAUAACAGAGUUUUGGAAGGCCUAUGGAACACUGAGUUUGCAACAUUAUGCCAAAUCAGGCUUAGCGCUGUUGUGAGCAUCCACCUCUUGCAAUUUAAUAAAUGAAACAAUCCUCAUGGAGUUUUGCUGGUAUUUGAUGUGCCCUGGAGAGGCUGAUGUCUGUUGUGUCUGUCUGGAUUAAAAAAAAAAAAAAAAAAAAAAAAAAAAAAAAAAAAAAAAGCCUUGCCAAGGAAAUGGUGUACCAGGAAAGAACAUGAUACCAUGGUAAUACACAAGAAUCUAAAAGAACACGACCUCCGCAGAAACGAGUAAUACAGGGAAUUACACACCUUGUAGUCUGCUCCUGUUCCUGUGCCCUAUUUGCUUAAUCUUCCCAUUAUAGAACAGUAUAGUAAAAUGAUCCAUAGUUGUAGUUUGUGAUGUGCCUCAAUAAAACACAGGUUAAUUCUUACUUUCAUCAUUUUCACUUUUUUACAGCCUCUCUUUUUCAUAUACCAUCUAUAAAGGUUAGUAAAACCAUGACCAUCCAACCUCUAAUACUCAUCAGGACUAUUCCUUCAAAUCACGUUUUCUUUCAAGAAACCCUGAUAGCAGAUAUGAGCAUGUUUUACAUGGAAAACUGUUUAGAGAUCAUCAGGAGGUGCUCAAGACACAUGGAGAUGAGGCACUGAGGGACAUGGUCAGUGGGCACAAUGGGGAUGGGUUAGAAUUGGACAGAAUUAUCUCAGAGGUCUUUUCCAACCUUAAUGAUUCUAUGAUUCUAAUUGCUUACUGAUUGUUGACAACAGCAUAUAAAUUAUUUUAUUGCUUCCCAACUUCUUUGUUUCCAAGCUCCCCAUUAUGGCCUACACAAAAUCAUGAUGUGGCAUUGCUCCUUUUUGACCUUACAAGAUUUGCAACUGUGUCAAUAACUGGUUGCUGUUUCUUUUGGAUAAUUUUAUAACGAAUAUGAAGUGAAAUAUCCUUAUUUUCAACCUAAGUAUAUCCGAUAUACUAUAUGAACUAAAUGCUUUAUCUAUUUUAGCUUUUUAACUACUUAUUUCUUAACAGGAGGAAACAGUACUAAUUUAAAGAGUCUGAUAUCUCUUCCCAAAUGAAACAGAUCACAGUGAAAUAUAAGAAUGUUUAUUUUGAGUGUAACAUGCACUCUUUCUAAGCCAAAAUGCCUCCUGAAGUAAAAAAUUCACAGGUUAGAGAAAUCAACAAAAUUGCCAAAUACCAUUCUAUUAGUCACUUUUCUCUGAAAUUCUUCAGCUAAGAACUUCUAAUAAUGCCAUUUUAUGCGUCAGAUGUUUUUAUGUGACUGCUAGGUAAAGGAGUUCAAAUUUACAUCUGGACAUAACAUCCCUGUAUGCAAAGAUCUGUCUUUUAGAACACGCUGAUUUCAAGAGGGACAAAUUGAAAGCUUCCAACUAAUCCUUUAUCUUACUCAAGUCUUACGUUGGUAAUUUCUAUUAAAUGGAACCAG